AUGAGCACUCCCCAGCUUGCUGCAUUCAAAGUGCCCGCUAUCGACAAUGAGCCCAUGAAAACGUAUGCUCCGGGCUCAGCAGAGCGUCAAACUCUGGUGGCUGCCAUUGCGCAGAUGGAACAGGAGCUACCCUUCGAGGUGCCCUGCAUCGUCAACGGGGAAAUUGUCAAGACGGGCAAGCUCGCGAAGCAGCCCCUCCCCCACGACCAUGCGAGGCACCUUUGCACCUACCAUGAAGCUGACGAGGCCACCGUCACGAAAGCCAUCGACGGCGCGCUCGCCGCGAAGGCCCAGUGGGAGAGCAUGCCUUGGAACGACCGUGCUGCGAUUUUCCUAAAGGCUGCAGAUCUCGUUAGCGGCAAGUACAGGUACAAACUUAUGGCGGCGACGAUUUUGGGACAGGGCAAGAAUGCCUGGCAGGCGGAGAUUGAUGCCGCGGCUGAGUUGAGCGAUUUCUUCCGAUUUGGUGUCAAAUUCGUGGAGGAGUUAUAUGCGCAACAACCUGUCAAGAACAGUGCUGGAGCAUGGAACCGUGUGGAGUACCGUGCUCUCGAAGGCUUCGUUCUGGCAGUAUCACCCUUCAAUUUCACUGCUAUCGGUGGAAACCUUCCCGGAGCCCCUGCCCUUGUCGGCAACGUCGUCGUCUGGAAGCCCUCGCCUGCAGCCACCUACUCCAACUUCCUUGUACACCAAAUCCUCGUCGAAGCGGGUGUACCCGCUGGUGUCAUCCAAUUCGUCCCCGGCCCACCACCCGAGGUCGUUGCACAGGCCAUCAAUCAUAAGGCAUUCGCCGCUCUCCACUUUACUGGCAGCACCUUCGUCUUCAAGAAGCUGUGGAAGGAUAUCGCAUCGAACCUUGACAGGUAUAAGGGCUACCCGAGGAUUGUGGGCGAGACCGGUGGCAAGAACUUCCAUGUGGUGCAUCGCUCGGCGGAGGUAAGGAAUGCGGUGCUGCAGAGUGUGAGAGGGGCGUUUGAGUAUCAAGGCCAAAAGUGCUCUGCCCUCUCCCGGCUCUAUGUCUCUUCCUCCGUCUGGAACAAGGGUGGCUUCAAGAACCAGUUCUUGGAGGAGAUCGCGAAGAUUAAGGUUGGCCCUCCAAUGGACUGGAGCAACUUCAUGGGCCCCGUCAUCGGACGCCCAGCGUACGACAAGAUCACUUCCUACAUCCAAAAGGCCAGGGACGCUGGUGGCGAGGUGCUCAUCGGCGGCACAGGCGACGACUCGAAGGGAUACUUCAUCCAGCCAACGGUUAUUUUGACAAAGGACCCCAAGUCGGUAACGAUGGUCGAGGAGAUCUUCGGACCCGUCGUCACCGUGUACGUCUUUGAGGACGCCGAUUUUGAGAAGACACUCGAUAUUGUCGAUGAAACGACCGACUACGCCCUGACUGGAGCCAUCUUUGCAAGAGACCGCAGCGCCCUCAUCGCAGCGACCAACCGCCUACGCAACGCUGCUGGCAACGUGUACUACAACGAGAAGUGCACUGGGGCUGUCGUUGGGCAGCAGCCAUUUGGAGGUGCUCGUGCGAGUGGAACGAACGACAAGGCUGGCAGCAUCAGCAUCUUCUACCGGUUUGUCAGCGCACGCAGCAUCAAGGAGAACUUCGUUGGCUUGGAGGACUUCAACUACCCUUCGAAUUUGGUUUGA